AUGGACCUCGAUAAUGGCGACUCCCCGUGGGGCGAUGAACCCUCGUCUUCCACUUCACCUCAUGCGACGCCAAAGCCAGAGACUGGGGAUAGUGCUCCCGCUCAGCCAGCCGUCUCAGAGAACAGGGCCGAGGUUCGCGUGCCUGGAAGACGAGGCCCGCGCGGUACUCGGAAGAUAAGCGCACAAGCAACGCGAUUGGAGGUCGUUGAUGACACCGUCGACCCCCUUGGCCCCCUAGGAGAGGCUCCUGUCGAGAACAAAGAAGAUGGCUCCGGAUUCAGAGGGCCUCCGCCCGUGCAACCCGCGGCCGAUAUGGAUGGAUCUAAGCGACAGACCCAACCUAGUAUGAGUGUGGAACAAGCUGCAAAGCCGACAUUUGAAAUAUCUGUUGGAGAUCCCCACAAAGUUGGAGAUCUGACGAGCAGUCACAUUGUUUACCAGGUCCGGACAAAGACUUCAUCCAAAGCAUAUCGCCAGUCUGAAUUUGCUGUCAGCCGUCGAUACCGUGAUUUCCUCUGGCUGUAUAACUCCAUGCACAAUAACAACCCCGGUGUGGUUGUUGCUCCUCCGCCAGAGAAGCAAGCUGUGGGUCGAUUUGAUACUAACUUCGUUGAGUCCCGGAGAGCUGCUCUGGAACGAAUGUUAAACAAAAUUGCUACCCACCCAAUCCUCCAGCAUGAUGCCGACCUAAAGAUCUUUUUGGAGAGCGAGGCCUUUAAUGUCGAUGUCAAGAAUAAAGAGAACAGGGAGCCCGACCUGGGCCAAAGUAAAGGCAUGUUUGGGUCCUUCGGUAUCUCUGUCGGCGGAGGAAGCAAGUUCGUAGAACACGAUGAUUGGUUCCACGAUCGAAAGGUUUAUCUCGAUGCUCUAGAGAAUCAGUUAAAGGCACUUAUGAAAUCCAUGGAUACGGUGGUUGCGCAAAGAAAGGGACUCGCUGAAGCCGCGGGCGACUUUUCGAGCUCCCUGCACGCACUCGCUGCUGUCGAGCUAUCGCCAGCACUUUCUUACCCCUUGGACGGUCUCUCGGAACUCCAGUUACGAAUCCGGGAACUAUAUGAGCGCCAGGCCCAACAGGAUGUUUUGACAUUAGGAAUUACCAUCGACGAGUAUAUCCGUUUGAUUGGCAGCGUCAAAACGGCCUUUAGUCAACGACAAAAGGCUUUCCACAGCUGGCAUGCUGCGGAGUCUGACCUUCAAAAGCGCAAGAACACUCAAGAGAAGCUACUACGCCAAGGAAAGACGCAGCAGGACCGCUUAAAUCAAGCGAACGCCGAUGUUGCUGAUGCCGAGCGCAAGGUCCACUCGACACGAUUACUAUUUGAAGAUAUGGGCCGCCUCAUGCGUAAUGAGUUACAAAGAUUCGAGAAAGAGAAGGUGGAAGACUUCAAGUCUGGCGUUGAGACCUUCUUGGAAAGCGCUGUGGAGGCUCAGAAGGAGUUGAUUGAGCUGUGGGAGACAUUCCUUUUGCGUCUCGAUGCUGGAGAGGAUGGCCUUCCAUACUAUGUACCGGCUUCGCAGCCCGGUGAGGCUGGCGAGGGUUUUGCCCCAGACUCUACAUCAUCACACCCAGAGCCUACCCCAGUAGCCGGUGAUGACGAGUAA